ACACACACACACACACACACACACACAAAUGCAUUAAACUAAUAGACAGUCAGGUAUCAAGCAUUACACAUCAUUUCUCCAUGCCCAUUUUUACCCUUCUCCAACUCUGCCCAUCUUCCAUUUUUACUUAUGGACAGCAAGACAUUUGUUUCCUGUUAUUCAUUCUUUUGUAACACACACACUUAAAACACACAUGACACAUUUGGUCUUGGGCUGCCCAGUCUGAAAUAGCCUCCAUUCAUCUCCAGUAUCCAGUGCAAGCAUCAGUGUCUUAUUUGGUUUGAGAAAUUGUUGCAGACAAAUUUUAGAUGAGGUUCUGCUUCCGUUCUUUGACUGAGAUGGGUGAGAUUGGUGUGACUACUUAAUUUGCGGUUCUUGGACACAUUUUAAACUUGUGAUUUGUAUCGUUGGCAACUUCCUCUAAGAUGGUGAAACAUCGAACCUGAAUUGUGAAGAGUAGAUUGGUAAUUGCUCAAGAUAUUGAUUAGGCUUCAGUGCAUCAGUCGGUUAUUUUUUUCUUGUCUCACUUGCAAGCUCAAGUCAUUUUGAGCUGUUAUGGUCAGUCCUUUGUUUUAUUGAGUGUUUAAUUUUCUGUUGGCACUCCCCACCUUCUUCUCUUCUCUUUUUAUACAUCCAUCUAACACCUUUCAGACAAGCCGUCAGCUCCUCUUCUUAUCACAACCUCUUGAUUUUCUUUGUACUCAUUGUAGGUCCCUGAUUUUAGUUGUUGGGUAUGACCACUGUAUGACCGUUAGCUCAUUAGAGAAUGAAAACUUUUCACUCCCCACUGUGAGUUAUUUAUAUUGCCUAAUUUAUCCUCCUUUAAUGAUCAUUUUCCAAUUCAUUUUAUGCAUCAUUUUAUUUCAAAACUGCAUACUUGAUAUUCUGAGUAAGUAUUUAGAUUUUGUAUAAUGUAAUGUUUAUCUCUGAAUAUUUUAAAACAAAGAGUCAAACAGGAUUGUUUUUAAUUUCUCUUGGUUUUGAAUUCAUUUUAAAUGAUUCUAAGAAAGGAAGGGGGAUCCAAGAAGUGUAAGAUAGAAGGAAACCUGAACAUCUCCUUUCUCCAUUCAUACUGAUAUUUUAUUUUUUUAUAUGCACCAUAUUUAGUUUAUGUGCUUAUGCUUCCUUCUAGGUGACUGGUUUAAAAUCUCAAUUAACAUUUAGUUUUAGCUGAAUUUUAAAAAAUGUAAAUUUUCUUUUGACAUCCUGAAUUCAUCAACUUCAUCACAAUUUUUUCUUAUACAUGGACUUGUGUGUAAAACAAAAACAAAAGAAAACAGCAUCGCACUUGUCUGUUACUGGUCAAAAUGGACAUAUCAAAGGAAGGCGACCAUCUUGUCUUAUGUUUUUGAAUGCUUGCACUCACCCUCUGUCUUGUGUUUCACAUUUUUGUAAACAUUAUCCAAAUAAUACUGAUGAAAUGCCAAAGGACAGUUAGACGGUGUCAUGAGAAGGACCCAGCAAAGGACGUACAUGGAUACCUGAACCAAUUAAGACCAGACGUCACUGCUUCAGCUUUUUCACUACUGGCCAUCCAGCAGCUCCAGAGUUUGUGGACUUGUUCACAGAUCAAAAUGGACUUUUAGACUAAUCAAGAAACAUCUUCUUUUCACCCCUUUUUUCACUUUAUAUCACAUUUUGUAGCAAGUGCAGGCUUUGUCCUAGACUUUGUCCUGGUUCAUUUUCCAUUUUAAGUACAUUUCUUAGAUUUGAUAUAAGACUUUCAACUUCAUUGACUGAACAUUGUUUGCAUAGCUCAAACAUUUGAAGACUUGUCUUUUAUUUAUGUCGUUAUUUGUGAGCCAGGCAUCUUUCUUACUUUUCUCGAGUGACUUUUCUUAAUAGUUUUGAUUCAAAAGACAAUUCCUGUGCUCAGUCAUCCAGCCUGGAUUUACCGUAGGACCUACACUUUCAUCCACGGUCUCUGAACCAGGCCUACUUUUUCCUUACCAGUCCCUCAAACUACUUCAGCGGUCAGCCACUCCUCCAUCCAGGGCUAUGAGAGGAAGAGACAAGACCCAGCUCACAUCAACAUGCAGGAGCUGAGGAGAGAAAAUGGGAGUUGGGCUGGCAAUGUUCAAGGGACUGUAUCUUCACUCCUCCGCCAUGCUUGUCAGCCUCCACCUCUCCUCUUCCCCUUUCUCUGACUGUCGUGUCCUGUCUUUCGUCUCCCUGGCUUCUUCCUCCAAACCACCCUUCUCCCUCUCGCUCCUUCUCCUCUCUCUCUUCUUCUUCCACACCUGCGAGUCUCGCCGUGGAGGCGGGAUCGGGACACCCAUCGGAGGCAUGAGCCAAUCGAUAAUCAGCCCUCCUCAUUAUCCUCCACCAGGAGUCAAUCCAGUGGGUCCUCCUUUGCCACCAAAGUUUGCUCAAGGCCUUAGCAUCGCAGUGAUCCUUGUGGGAAACUCCAGCGAGGUGUCCCUCUCUGAAGGUCUAGAGAAAGAGGACUUCCUCCACGUGCCUCUCCCUCCGAAAGUCGACCUGGUCACAAUGAACGAAUCCGACCCCAAGAGUAUCAUAAACCGCAUCUGUGCUCUGAUGUCACGGAACUGGGUCCAGGGUGUGGUGUUUGGGGACGAUACCGAUCAGGAGGCCAUCGCCCAGAUACUGGACUUCAUCUCGGCUCAGACGCACAUCCCCAUCCUGGGCAUCCGUGGAGGCUCUUCCAUGAUCAUGGCAGCCAAGGAUGACCAUUCCAUGUUCUUCCAGUUUGGUCCCUCUAUAGAGCAGCAAGCCUCUGUCAUGCUAAAUAUAAUGGAGGAAUAUGACUGGUACAUAUUCUCCAUCGUCACCACCUACUACCCUGGAUACCAGGACUUUGUCAAUCGGAUCCGGAGUACCGUCGAGAACAGUUUUGUUGGGUGGGAGCUGGAAGAGGUGCUGCUGUUGGACAUGUCAGUAGACGAUGGAGACUCAAAGAUCCAGAACCAGAUGAAGAAGCUCCAAAGUCCUGUUAUACUACUGUACUGCACAAAAGAAGAAGCCAUGACCAUUUUCGAGGUGGCCCAUUCUGUCGGCCUCACUGGUUAUGGUUACACUUGGAUCGUACCAUCUCUGGUGACAGGGGAUGCAGAUAAUGUACCCAGCGUCUUUCCAACAGGUUUGAUCUCUGUUUCCUACGAUGAGUGGGACUACGGACUGGAGGCUCGAGUGCGUGAUGCUGUAGCCAUUAUUGCCAUGGCAACCUCCACAAUGAUGCUGGAUCGGGGUCCUCACACGCUGCUUAAGUCUGGAUGCCACGGCACGCCUGACAAGAAAGGCAGCAAGUCAGCAAGCCCCAACGAGGUGCUGAGGUACCUCAUGAAUGUGACAUUUGAAGGGCGCAACCUCUCCUUCAGUGAGGAUGGUUUUCAGAUGCACCCAAAGUUGGUUAUUAUACUGUUAAAUAAGGAGAGGCAGUAUGAAAGGGUCGGUAAAUGGGAGAAUGGGUCUCUGUCAAUGAAGUACCACGUGUGGCCUCGGUUUGAGCUCUACUCGGAUGCUGGGGAGCGGGAGGAUGACCACCUGUCUAUUGUUACACUGGAGGAGGCUCCAUUUGUUAUUGUGGAGGAUGUUGACCCCCUCAGUGGCACCUGCAUGAGGAAUACAGUGCCGUGCAGAAAACAGCUCAAAAUCCAAAAUCAGACAAGAGAUUCAGGGAUCUACAUUAAACGCUGUUGCAAGGGCUUCUGUAUAGACAUCCUCAAAAAGAUUGCCAAGACUGUAAAAUUCACCUACGAUCUCUACCUGGUGACCAAUGGGAAGCAUGGCAAAAAGAUCAACGGCACAUGGAAUGGCAUGGUUGGAGAUGUGGUGUUGAAGAAUGCCCACAUGGCAGUGGGGUCCCUGACCAUUAAUGAAGAGAGGUCAGAGGUCAUUGACUUCUCUGUGCCCUUCAUAGAGACUGGGAUUAGUGUCAUGGUCUCUCGUAGCAAUGGCACAGUGUCGCCUUCUGCCUUUUUAGAGCCCUUCAGCGCUGAUGUCUGGGUAAUGAUGUUCGUUAUGCUGUUGAUAGUUUCAGCCGUGGCUGUCUUCGUUUUUGAGUACUUCAGUCCUGUUGGCUAUAAUCGCUGCUUGGCUGAUGGACGAGAGCCUGGCGGUCCUUCCUUCACUAUUGGAAAAGCUAUUUGGCUACUUUGGGGUUUGGUCUUCAAUAACUCUGUGCCUGUGCAGAACCCCAAAGGCACUACUAGCAAGAUCAUGGUCUCGGUGUGGGCCUUCUUCGCUGUGAUUUUCCUGGCCAGCUACACUGCCAACCUGGCUGCAUUUAUGAUUCAAGAGGAAUAUGUGGACCAGGUGACGGGUCUGAGUGAUAAAAAGUUUCAACAUCCGAAUGACUUCUCCCCUCCAUUCCGCUUUGGUACUGUGCCCAAUGGCAGCACAGAGAGAAACAUAAGGAACAACUACAAAGAGAUGCACAGCUAUAUGACCAGCUUCCACCAGAAGAACGUAAAUGAGGCCCUCCACAGCCUGAAGACGGGUAAAUUGGAUGCAUUCAUCUACGAUGCAGCGGUCUUGAACUACAUGGCUGGACGUGAUGAGGGCUGUAAACUGGUGACCAUCGGCAGUGGUUAUAUCUUUGCUACUACAGGGUAUGGCAUUGCCAUUCAGAAAGACUCAGGCUGGAAGAGGGCAGUGGACCUUGCCAUUCUGCAGCUCUUUGGAGAUGGUGAGAUGGAGGAACUUGAGGCCCUUUGGCUGACUGGCAUCUGCCACAAUGAGAAAAAUGAAGUGAUGAGCAGUCAGCUGGAUGUAGACAACAUGGCAGGUGUGUUCUACAUGCUGGGAGCUGCAAUGGCCCUGUCCCUAAUCACGUUCAUCGCAGAGCACCUCUUCUACUGGCAACUGCGAUUCUGCUUUAUGGGUGUGUGUUCAGGCAAGCCAGGCAUCACCUUCUCCAUCAGCAGGGGCAUCUACAGUUGCAUCCAUGGUGUUCAGAUUGAAGAGAACAAAUCAGCCCUUAACUCACCAACGGCCACUAUGAACAUGAGCAUGAACAACACCCACUCCAACAUUCUCCGUUUGUUGCGUACUGCCAAAAACAUGACCUCUGUGCCUGGGGUCAAUGGUUCUCCUCGCAGCGCAUUGGACUACAGCCAUCGUGAGUCAGCCGUUUAUGACAUCAGUGAACACCGGCGUAGCCUAGUAGGCCACACAGACUGCAAGCCUCCACCGUACCUGCCAGAGGACAACAUGUUCAGCGACUAUGUAAGCGAAGUGGAGAGGACUUUUGGGAAUUUGCACCUGAAGGACAGCAACCUGUACCAGGAUCAUUAUCUACACCACCAUGGGGGCACGGGAUCUGAACUGGCUCUUGGUAUGUCGGGUCCCCUGCCUAAUCGACCUCGUAGCUUAGGGAGUGCCAGUUCAUUGGAGGGUGGGUACGAUUGUGACAGCUUAGGGGGAGGGGUAGCGCCCAUCUUCACCACCCAGCCACGGCAGUCACUGACACAUCGGAACAGGGAAAAGUUUGACCUGAUCGCGGGUCACCCAACCCAGUCAAGCUUCAAGUCUGGCCUGCCUGAUCUAUAUGGAAAGUUCUCCUUCAAGGGUGGGGCAUCCAGUUCAGGGUUUAUUGCAGGACAUGACAGGUACUGCGGGGGAGGUGGGGUGGGAUCAGGAGGGGACGAUGGAAACAUUCGAUCCGAUGUGUCCGAUAUCUCCACUCACACCGUGACCUACGGGAACCUCGAAGGGCAUGGCAAAAGGCGCAAACAGUACAGGGACAGCUUAAAAAAGAGACCCGCUUCUGCCAAAUCUCGCCGUGAGCAGGAUGAGAUUGAGCUUGGCUUCAGGAGACGACCCCACCAUACAAUCCAUCAUCAUCACCACCAUCAUCCAGCAACACAAGCCCACCGCUCAGCCACCCCACCCGUGGAGCGCAAAAGCCAGAGAGGUGGUAACUGCACCUCUUAUUUAUUCAGAGACAAAGAGAAUUUGAGGGACUUUUAUGUGGACCAGUUUCGAGCCAAGGAAGGGGCAACCCCAUGGGAACAUUUGGAUUUAAGUGAUGCUCCAGGAAUGGGUGGAGGAGUGGGACUGGGCGGAAGCAGUUGCAGUGGAGUAGUUAGUAGCGGUGGUGCUGGGGGAGCGUGCACUAGUUUGGUUCCCAUGGAAGAUUUCCUGAAAGGUAAAUCCAAGAAGACAGAAUGUAAGGGUGGAAGGGGAGGAGGAUCACCUGGGCAACAGGGCCAUGCAUGCUGGGAAAAAGGCAUCGGAGGGGUGGGAGGGUUGGCCGGAGGGGAUUGGGAAUGUCGCAAUUGCCACAGUGGAGGGGUUGGAAGUGGAGGAAGCAAGCCAGUUUGCAUGCAUGGGGGAGGCGGAGUAGGGGGAACCAGUGGAGGGAGUGGACAAAUCUCAAGCCGUCCUAGUUCAGCCUCCUGCAAGCGGUGUGAUUCGUGCAAGAAACCGGGCAACUUGUAUGACAUCAGUGAGGACAACCACCACCUCUUGGAUCAAACUGGGGGCAAGCACCCUCUGGAGAGUGGAAAGGGAGGGGGAGGCACAGGGGCCCAAACCCAGGUACAGAGGCGGAAAUUUGGCCCAGGUGGUAAGGUUUUGCGCAGGCAGCAUUCUUAUGACACAUUUGUAGAGCUGCAGAAGGAAGGGGCGGGCAGGAUGGGUGGGUUUGGAGGCAGUGGCGGAGCAUCAAUGCUUCCUCCACCCCGAAGUGUGAGCCUAAAAGACAAAGACCGCUACAUGGAUGGUGCAAGCCCCUACGCACAGAUGUUUGAGCAGUAUGCGGGAGGGGAACGUGAGACAUCAUAUUUUGGGGACAGAGGGAAGGGUGGGGGUUCAUCAUUUAGCUUAUUCCGUGGGGGUGAAGGUGGGUUGCACCGUCGCUCCGUGGGUGAGAGAGACAUGAGGGACAGGGAUAGAGGCAUGAUGGGAGGAGAUGUGGGCGGUACCCGAGGGGUCGGGACUUACUCCUUGUCUAAAUCUCUCUACCCAGAUAAGGUGAACCAGAACCCAUUCAUCCCAACCUUCGGCGAUGACCAGUGUCUAUUACAUGGCGCCAAAUCAUACUACAUCAAAAAGCAGCAGGCACAGCCGCAGCAGCAACAGAUGCCACAACAGCAGCAGCAACAACAGCUCCUCAACAACAGUCGGGCUGACUUCCGGGGCUCCAUGGGGGUGACUUCCUAUUUGCCUGCCUCCGCAACUUCUGGGGUGUUGUCCAAUGUGGCCCCUCGGUUCCCCAAGGACCUAUGUCUGGGCGGGCCUCUUAUCAACCACCACAGUGGAGGACCUAACAACAACAAGCUGCUGUCUGCAAGGGAUGGGUUAGGAAUGGGUCAAGGACAGAGACCAUUUAAUGGCUCGAGCAACGGACAUGUUUACGAGAAGCUUUCCAGUAUAGAGUCUGAUGUCUGAAGAGGGGAGUCAGAAACAGAUAUAAAUGCAGAAAAGAAGCCAACGGAUAUGUGGAAUGUUCAUUGAGAGAAAACUGAUGAAAAGGCAGUGUGUAAUUAGUUCCUCCAUGUUCACAAAAAGAAGAGGAAAGCGUAUGUGAGAAACUGACUAAUGCUUUCAUUAAGUUAUGCUGCCAAGCAUACGUAUGUAAAUAGAGCAAGGGGACCUGCCCACUGUCAAAAAGUUGAGAAUCGGGGGAAAAACCUGUGUAUUCCUCUCUUUUUUUUUAUAUCCCACUAUUUCCCUGCUCCGAACAUCAAAAUAGUGGCCAAUCCAGAUGGAGACAACCAUGUACAAUCCUUUGUACAAUUGUGGAUGGAAAUCAGUUACUCUUUUUAAGCAACAGGGUAAAACUUACAAUAAUUGUACUGAUAAUGUUCUUUAUAAUAAUAUUAUUAUAUAUUAUUACAAUGUUUAUUAUGUUUAAUUUGGGCUUGGUUUCUGGAUGUUUUAUGCUAUUAUAUAUUUGUACUGUAGUUUCAGUUCUUAGUUAACAAACUACUUUGCGGGAGGCUUUUUGAUUUGUCAACUGAGCUUAUUUGAUUGUUAAUUGAGUUGUAGACAAACUUGGAUUCCAUAAAGUUUCUUUAUUAUUGGUUAUUCAAGUUUAUUUGACCAGUAUGGAGUGUUGUAAAAUGUGUGCGCAAGGCAUGAUUUGCAAAGUACUUCAGCUGUACUUGAGAUAUCAAUGUCAAGGAAAUGUAUUCUUAUCACUUUAUUUUAUAGUGUUCCGUUUGUUAGAACAACAUUGGUUUAAUACACAGCACGUUAUGUGCCUUACCAAGACUUACAGAAAGCCUGAUUUACAGGUCAUAUUGCCAUGGUAACUUUCUGGUCACUGCACACAGACUUAUCACUGGCUGAUUCAUAUUAUUCUAGAAACUUCCUUUUAACAGUAUAAGCACUGAUAUGGAUUAUCCAGCAUUGAGGAGACAUAAUGUAGGCUAAAUGUGUUCAUAGUAUUAAUCUUCAGAACAAGGUUAUAAACAGAACCAGAUAAAGUAUCAUUCUAAGAGCUUCUAUGAACGUACAAUAUGUGAGGUUUGCACAACAUUGUACAGUGCACAGUAUAUUCCUGAGAGUUAAGACAUGGGGUGUAUACAUAUGGUGUUAGCUAAAAUACUGAAACAAAUGUCAAUUAAUUA